CACCAUGGUGGCACACAACAGAGUGGAGCGGCGGACCUUCCUUCUCUAUUAGCCCCAUUAAAAUGCUUAUGUAAAGCAUACUGUAAACAAGCGGACUGGGGUUUACCUCUAAUUAUGGGCUACAGGCUGAUGGUGACUGGAUAACCGCUUUCCUUCUGCCUACUUUCUGUUUCCUGGCUCCUCCAUGGAAUUCUUUCCGUCGCUAAAAUGCUGAAGAGACAAGGAAUGGCUUUGAUGAACAGUGUCUUGCACAGAGGGACAGUUUUAACAAUAAGGAAAUAAUACGAACAAAGUAUCAGAGGACUGUAUUUUACCAGAGUUGACCCUCUGUGGGUGUUCACAGAGAACCAGAGUUUGAGCCGGGACGCGCAGGAGCCAGACGGACAGCCCGGGGAGAGCGCACGGCUGUCGGGCUCGCGUCGUGGCCUGCCUGGCUCGGGGGCACUCCCAGCCUUUAUCCGCUAGCCCCAGCGCUCAGGACGGGGACAUUGGCGGACCUUAACAGCAUUCCCGAACCCUCCUGGAUCUUCCUACACCACCACAUAACAGGAUAAGUGGCCCAUUCGCCCUGCCGCCGGACUCUUCCCACACAAUGGCGUCCUAUGUGGAUAACAGUUUUCGGCAGGCUGUGAUGCUCAAUCCGGCUGAUCGGACGCAACAGGACCUGGAGAUCGUCUACUCAUACCUGCACGGGAUGGAGGCCCUGUCCAACCUCAGAGAACAUCAGCUGAGGGUGAUGUGUGAAACAGUACGCUACGAAAGACAUGAAGCCAAUGAAGUGUUGUACUAUCCCGACGACAUUGGAAGCUGCUGGUACAUCCUCUUAUCCGGCUCCGUCUUCAUCAAGGAGUCCAUGUUUCUACCCAGAAGCAGUUUCGGAAAGCGCUCGGCGGGCAGCCUCAGACGUGGAUGUGAGUGUAUAGUCCUCGAGCCUUCCGAGAUGAUUGUGGUGGACUACAUGGACGAAAAUGAGGAGUACUUCCAGCGGCAAGCUUCGCACAGACAAUCACGCCGGCGUUUCCGGAAGAUCAACCAAAAGGGCGAGAGGCAAACCAUCAUUGACACCGUGGAUCCCUAUCCCACCGGCAAGCCCCCCAUAGGACGAGUGUACCACACGCUCCCAGCAGACUUCAGCAGACUGCACCUGGCCGACGCCCUACACGCUCAGGGCCCCCACGUCUCCUCCAGCCACUCAGGAUGUAGUAUCACCAGUGACUCCGGGAGCAGCAGCCUGUCUGACAUAUACCAGGCCACGGAGAACGAGCCGGGGGACAUGGACCUGAGCGGGCUCCCGGAGACGGCGGUGGACUCGGAGGAGGAUGAUGAUGAAGAGGACAUCGAGAGGGCGUCUGAUCCCCUGAUGAGCAGGGACAUCGUGCGCGACUGCCUCGAGAAGGACCCUAUGGACAGAACGGACGAUGACAUAGAACAACUACUGGAGUUCAUGCACCAGCUGCCAGCCUUUGCCAACAUGACCAUGUCCGUGAGGAGGGAGCUGUGUGCCGUCAUGGUGUUUGCUGUGGUGGAACGAGCUGGUACUAUAGUUCUCAAUGACGGAGAGGAGUUGGAUUCAUGGUCUGUGAUCCUGAACGGCUCUGUGGAGGUGACGUACCCGGACAGCAGGACCGAGGUGCUGUGUAUGGGCAACAGCUUCGGAGUGUCCCCCACAAUGGACAAGGAGUACAUGAAGGGGGUGAUGAAGACCAAGGUGGACGACUGCCAGUUUGUGUGUAUAGCACAACAAGACUACUGCUGCAUCCUGAACCAAGUGGAGAAGAACAUGCAGAAGGUGGAGGAGGAGGGUGAGAUCGUCAUGGUGAAGGAGCAUAGAGAGCUGGACCGCACGGGCACCAGGAAAGGACACAUCGUAAUCAAGGGCACAGCGGAGCGUCUGACCAUGCACCUAGUGGAGGAACACUCUGUGGUGGACCCCACAUACAUCGAGGACUUCCUGCUGACCUACAGGACCUUCCUCUCCAGCCCCAUGGUCGUGGGCAAGAAGCUGCUCGAGUGGUUCCACGACCCCAGUCUCAGGGACAAGGUUACACGGGUAGUCUUGCUGUGGGUGAACAAUCACUUCAAUGAUUUUGAGGGUGACCCCGCCAUGACCCACUUUCUGGAGGAGUUUGAAAACAAUCUGGAGAAGGAGAAAAUGUGUGGGCACCUCAGACUGUUAAACAUCGCCUGCGCCGCUAAAGCUAAGCCCCGACAGGUGACUCUCACCAAGCCUUCCAGGGACUCCCCUCUGGCCUUCAGCCUUCUGGGGGGGCAGGAGAAGGGCUUCAGGAUCUUCAUCGAUGCCGUGGAGCCUGGGAGCAAGGCGGCAGAGGCUGGGCUCAAACGUGGAGAUCAGAUUUUGGAAGUGAACGGACAAAACUUUGAAAAUGUCCAGCUCAGCAAAGCCAACGAGAUCUUGAAGAACAACACACACUUAUCCAUAACUGUGAAAACCAAUCUAUUAGUCUUCAAAGAGCUGCUAACACGACCAGAACAGGAGAACGAUAUCGACGGUGAUGAAGAACAUGACAGGAAGAACGGCGCUCCUCAUCUGCCGAAGAUUGGAGACAUCAAAAAGGGCAGCAGAUACUCCAUCCCUGACCUUGCUGUGGAUGUGGAGCAGGUGAUGGGUCUGGAGAAGGCCAGCAAGAAGGCCAAGUCCAACACGGUGGGAGGUCGCAACAAGCUCAAGAAGAUCUUUGACAAGACGCUAACAAGCAUCUUACCGCCCAAACCAUACAACGACGUUUGCGUGGGCCAAUCACAGGACGACAGCAUAGUGGGGAUGAAACAGUCCAAACAGAUCCCACCGGCUCUCCCAGUCAGCGGCAACCUGUCCUCCUCCAACCCCGACCUGCUCCAGUCUCAUCACCGCAUCCUGGACUUCAACAACCAGCCUGACAUGUCAGACCAGGUGCUGCGUGUGUUCAAAGCGGACCAGCAGUCUCGGUACAUCAUGAUCGGGAAGGACACCACGGCUAAAGAGGUGGUGGUCCAGGCCAUCCGGGAGUUCGCCCUGACUGCUGCGGCAGAGGCCUACUCCCUGUGCGAGGUGUCGGUCACUCCAGAGGGCGUCAUAAAACAGAGGAGGCUGCCCGACCAGCUCUCCAAAUUGGCAGACAGGAUACAGCUCAGCGGCAGGUACUACUUAAAAAGCAACAUGGAGACAGAGACGCUAUGUUCAGACGAAGACGCCCAGGACCUGCUAAGAGAGGGUCAGAUCUCCUUGUUACAGCUCAGUACAGUCGAAGUGGCCACUCAGCUUUCAAUGAGGGCUUUCGAACUGUUCUGUGCCAUCGAGCCCACGGAGUACAUAGACGACCUGUUCAAACUGCGCUCCAAGACUGGUUCGGCCAGUCUCAAGCGCUUCGAGGAGGCCAUAAACCACGAGACCUUCUGGGUGGCAACUGAGGUGACCCGGGAACCCAACCAGCUCAAGCGUAUGAAGACUGUCAAGCAUUUUAUCAAGAUAGCAUUACACUGUCGAGAAUGCAAGAACUUCAGCUCCAUGUUUGCCAUUAUAAGCGGUCUGAACCUCGCCCCAGUCUCACGUUUAAGGGGCACGUGGGAGAAACUACCCAGUAAAUACGAGAAGCUGUUCAGUGACCUUCAGGACCUGUUCGACCCCUCCAGGAACAUGGCCAAGUACAGGAACGUGCUCAACAACCAGAACCUGCAGCCCCCCAUCAUCCCCCUGUUCCCUGUCAUCAAGAAAGACCUCACCUUCCUGCACGAAGGUAAUACCAGUAACGACUCUAAAGUGGACGGCCUGGUCAACUUUGAAAAGCUGCGGAUGAUCGCCAAAGAGAUCCGCCAUGUUGGACGCAUGGCCUCUGUCAACAUGGACCCAGCGCUCAUGUUUAGAACCAGGAAGAAGAAGUGGAGGAGUUUAGGAUCUCUGAGCCAGGGCAGCGCUAACGCUACAGUCCUGGAUGUGAGCCAGUCCGGUGGGCAUAAGAAGAGGGUCCGCCGAAGCUCUUUCUUAAACGCCAAAAAGCUGUAUGAAGACGCCCAGAUGGCUCGUAAGGUCAAACAGUACCUGUCCAACCUGAGCCUGGAGACCAAUGAGGAGAGCCUGCAGACGCUGUCCCUGCAGUGCGAGCCCUCCAUCAACACAUUGCCUAAGAACGCGGGUGGGAAGAGGCCGGACACGUCUCCAGUGGUUUCCCGCGCGGCCAGCACCCAGAGAGGACAGCUGUCCAAGGGCAACCAGGCCCUGCAGGUCCCCUCUGUGGCCCUCUACCCCUCCAGGAAGAAAGUGCCCGUCAAGGACCUCCCGCCUUUCGGCACCAGCUCUCCGCAGUCCCUCAAGAAGAUCCUGUCCCUGUCUGAGGAGAGCGGACAGAGGAGGCAGCCGGAGGACACGGUGUCCAAUGCGUCCUCGCAGCUCUCGUCCCCUCCCACCUCCCCCCAGAGCUCGCCCAAGAAGGGCUACGGUCGUAUGGGAGACGCGUACUCGGACUCGGGGCACUCGGAGAUCUCCUCUCGCUCCUCUCUGGUCAGCACAUCAUCCCUGGACAUGGCCCAGGAGGACAGGAGGAUGCGGCACUCUGGCUUCACCGAGGCACACCUGGGCUCGAGGCUGGAGCGAAGAGCUGCUACCGACCCAGACCAGUACAGCAUCGGAUCCUACUCGUCGAUGCAAGACUGCCGGGGCAUUUACGCCGGAUGCCCAACCGUUCUCUCCUCGCCCAGUUCCGAGGAGCUGACCCAGGACCAGGGGGACCGAGUGUCUCUGGACGCAGCCGACAGCGGGCGCGGCUCCUGGACCUCCUGCUCCUCUGGUUCCCACGACAACAUCCAGACCAUGCAGCAGGGACGCAGCUGGGAGACGCUGGCCUUCGGGCCGGGCGGCAUCGGAGGCCUGCCCCCUGGCGGUCCCGAGUCGUUACUGGGAGGUCCGGCGGCUCUGUGGGCAGCUCAGGCGCGGGGCAGCUGGGCGUCGGCAAGCUCCUCGUCCUCCUCCGCGGCGUACUGGGGCGAGGACUCUGAGGGAGACACUGGGACGAUAAAGAGGAGAGGGGGGAAGGACGUGAGCGCAGACCCAGAGACCAGCAGCAUCACCUCCACAGGCUCCGAGGAGGCCAAGCUCAUGGGCCGACCCACCCCCUCGCCCAUCACCGCCGGGGGUAAAGGACUGCUCUCUCGUAAGGAAUCCCGAUACCGUGAGCCCCCUCCCACUCCCCCCGGCUACACCGCCCUCACCAUCUCCGACCUGGCAGAGGGACAGCACCAGAACCAACCAACCCCACAGACCACCGCGCCCACCACCACCACCUCCUCCUCCUCCGCCCCCCACACCGGCCGCCGACCCCCCGACUACACCACGGCCCUGCAGCGCUCCCGGAUGGUCACCCAGUCCCCGGACCAGCAGGCGCCCAAGCACCGGCGGGCCACCCAAGAGCACCCAGAGCCCGAGGAGGAAGACGAGGAAGACGAACAGGUGUCAGCAGUCUGAAGGGACCACGGUGGACGUACUUUCGCGGUAACCCGGAAGCCCCGCCCCCCUCCCUUGAGCGGGGGGUGGGGGGGUCAGAACGCAGAGACGGACGGACGGACGGACGAACGAACCCGACCAAUCACGGACGAUCACCGGUGACAUACGUGCCUGCCUCUCUCUACUUCUCGUUCUGUGGACCGCCCACCUCCUCCCUCCCCCCCUCGCCUUAACGCACCAUGAAGGGGCUGAGUGACCCUGCAUGCAAAAAAUACUGUGAAGAAGACGAAGGUUAAAGACUAUGACAAAAAUACCUGGCACUUUGGAAUAAAAUAGACUCUCAUAACAAUGUCCUAGCGGGUGGGUGAGCUUCGCGCGACCUACGGACUAGAUUUUAGUCAAGAAAAUGGGACUUCGAAACACACAUUUUGAUCUGCACUUUUUUACAGAACAAAAUAGACUUUAAAAAAAACACGCUCAUUUCCCUACCGGAGAUUUUUGUUGUUGAAUUUUUUUUGCACCGUGGGAGGACUGAAAAGCAGCGCGGACUGAAAUAAGCAGAAGUCGUGAUCCAGUAUUACUAGUUUUUACAUUGAAAAUCUUGUCAACGGUGGGUUCCGAAGUGGCAGUUUUAACAGACAGAACCACCAUGCACAAUUCAUUACACAACAGAUUCUAUAUCAAUGUUUAAAAUAGCACUUUUAGCACAAAUGUGACCGAUGUUUCAAUAGCAGGGUAUGUACGCAGUAUGCUACCCGCGUCAUAUCUCAACUGACUGGUUUUUGCUGUUACGUAAGCACACACACACACACACACACGAGAAUAAAAAAUAACGAACAAAGAUGAUGAAUUGCCUCCGACUUGCCCAAAAUCAUGAUGUCAGUAAAAUAUCGAAUAAAUGUCGAGUAAAAGAAUCAUUUUUUAAAAUCGUCGGCGAGAACUGUUUGAAGAAGUUGCCUCUUGUAUCCUCGAGACAGACUGAAUGCUGAUAUCAUUUCAAAAUGUCUGACACGGUUGUUGUCUACAUACUCCCAUGAUUUUGAUCGGCCCGACCCAAGAGAAUACGAGACAUCUUACUCUUUUGAAUAGCCAAAGCGCCUUACCAUUUUAGGAUUGCGAACGUGUUUUGUAUAACUGUCCCCUGCUGAUAAUGUGGGUCGAGAAAAGUCUUUAACUGAAUGAUAUUGGAUUGAGAUGCCUUACUGAAUAUUGAAUAAACUCUCCCUGAUUAUUACAGUGUUAAAGGUCCCCUGCUCUGCCCCGCUCUGUCGUAAACUCAUCCAGAAUUCUUAACAUAAGCUCUUGGCAACUGUUCGUGCUCUUGUGAAUUUUUAAUAAAGCCAAAAAUAUCGGCUUUGUUGGUCACUUAUUGGUUAUAACGGACUUCCACACAGAGCCAUCCAGCAUUGGGUAAAGGUGCAUUGCUUAACUUUUGUGGUGGAGCGUCCGUCACCUGCUUGUUGCUAUGGAUAUGUCAUUGCUCUGCUUGGAAUGUUCCACAGUAUGACAUUAAACAGCUCUUCUUAAAUUGCGAGUGGUUGUAUAGCUCAAAAAUAUCUAGAAAAACAAGCAUUAUGACUGUGAACGGGGUUGCCUCUCCACAGAUCUGACCUGUAACUUGGUCUGUUUUGAUCCCAUGAAGAUUGAAAGGUUCAUGGAAAUUCUGGCAAAGUCAUGGAAACUGAAAAUGUAAGUUUCUAGGCCUGAAGAAGUCAUGGAAUUUUAGUAUCUCUUUCUCACGCAACUACAGCGUUCUGUUAAGUUAUGAUGAGGCUAUUAUGAUUAUUUCCGAACAUAUGUGACUUCUGUUUAAAAGAGAGGACAAUAAAUGCACUGACAGUAGUUUGCAUUUUGUUAAAAAAAAACUAUAAAACCAAACCAUAAUGUGAGUGGAAAGGGUUCAUAUUUAGCCCUAAAAGUCUGAUCAAUUCUACACAAGUAGGUGCCAUAAAGUCAUGGAAAAUUCACUGUAGGUCAUGAAAAAGCAAUGGCAAUAACAUCUCCAUGGGAAAAAGCAUUUGACAGACCCUCCACCAGAAAAGUUCCACAGUGCACCUUUAAGUCAGGCUAGGGUUGGGCGAUAUUGCAGUAAAAUUUGAGUUGCGAUUUCUCUGCUAUUUUGGUCAAAUUGGCAAUCGUCAUUCCGUGUUUUUUUUUUUUAAAUGGUCAAAAACAGACCUUUUCCCCCACCCACUCCGCCUAUUGGUCGACGUGUGAGUGACAGGUGGAUGUAGACUUUCAACUUAGUUACUUACCUCUGAAAUACUAGUUACUUAUACUACCUAUACUAAUACUAGUCUGGUUACCUCUUAAAUACUGUAUAAAAGAUACUAAGGAAACUAAAAUUAUGAUCAAAUCAAAAUCAUGAUCUGGCUUUGAUGAACUUUUGGAACUAUCGCCCACCCCCUAGUCAGGCGUUCUGGAAUCAUUGAGGGUAUUGUUGUAUCUUAGGCGCGUUGAGGUGGUGUUCAAAUAUACAGUAAAGCACGACAAAAGACAUUUCAGAUGGUUUCUCAUUCCUAACUGGCUCUGUUUUAUUAGGCAAGGUCCAGAUCAACGUUUACUCUUGAAUCUAAAUGUCAGAUCGUACAACACAGAUUGUAAUUAGACUCCGUGAGUGGGGUCUUGAGCAGAGCAGGGGCUGUUUGACCUGUGUGUAAGCGUUCUCUUGUGAAACAUGUGUCAUGGUUUCAUCUGUACCAGACUGAUGUGAGCUCAUACAUGUGUCCCAUACCAGACUGUUGUGGGCUAAUAUCAUAGACUGUAUAUAUAAAUGGACAAAGCUAACCUGAGAGUGUUUUAAAGGAAGUGAGCAUGGGGGCGCUUCUGGCUCUAUGGAAAAAUUGUCACCCCUCCCUCUGUAACUCUACAUCACUCUACAUGAUCCUGGUGUUUUUAUUUUGUUAAUUUGUCUGUAAAUACAUUUCUUUUCCUAAUAUGGAACUGGCUCCAAAUUCGCCCCUGUAACCACUAGCCUCGUGAGCUUCAUUUGACUGGAGCUGAACGCUAUCAUUUAGUCCACUUCUUUAUACAGUCUAUGAGCAAUACAUGUGUCCUGUACCAGACUGAUGUGAGCUCAUACAUGUGUUCCAUACCAGACCCAUGUGGGCCCAUGUGUGCUGUACCAGACUGAUGUGGGCUUGUGUCAUGUGUGGAGUGGAGGUGGCUGAGGGGGGACCAUGUGAUUGUGGGGCUCCGGUGCACAUGAAGAGCAGGCUGAGUCACUGAGGCCUGAUCACAUUGAUCAGUCUGAGACUGAAGCGGUGGGAGUGACCACACCCGAAGAAUCUCUUUUGUUUUCUCUUGUACUUUUUGUAAUGGCUGCCGAUAGAUCGUUCAUAUGUUUGUACUGCGGUGGUGACAUGCAUCAUUCAUUUUAAUUUGACUCUGAAGAUAAUGUGCAUAUUAGCGGGCCCAGUCCUUUUCAAAAUAAACUGUUGCACAAGUGUCGCGCGUACAGAUAAGUGUAGUGGUAGAACUGCUACUGUGGUGUGCUGUCAGUGAGACGUGUACAUUAGCUGGUGAUGACCUGUUCCUCUUCAUUUUCUUGUACUACUUUGACCUGUAUGUCUUUUAAAAAGACAAUGGUAGAGUAUGUAUCUGUUGUUUUUGUAUUUUUAAUACAAUAAUUGUAAAUAUUGGUUAUAUUUUUGUUCAAAUGUAAUAUGUUUAUGCCUCAACAUCCAGUUUAUAUGAAGCUGGGAAUCAAUAAAUACUGCGUAAAGAACCCACUCCU